GUGCCUGUAGCUCCAGCACAAAGCUCCUGUUUCUCUUGUUCUGUGUGAGCCAGCACUGUAUGCCAUGGAUUGGUCCAAUCGACCCUGUGUGAGGUGUGGGAGCCCAGAGCCAGGAAAAGAUGACAGCACUUUGCUGCAAAUGGCUGCUGAACAGGGGCACGUCCAUUGCUUACAGUGGUUACUUGAAAGGGGAGCUGACUGUUACAUUACAGAUGAUGCUGGAGAGACUCCAAAGGAUGUGGCCAAGAGAUUUGCCCAGCUGGCAGCUGUGGAACUUUUGACACGAAGAACUGGAGACAGUAACUCCAGUGAUGAAGAACUAGAUGCAAACAAUGCAAAAUUUUUUGAAAGACAUGGUGUGGAAGGGAGUACGGAUAGCAAAGAAGAUUUAAUCCUGAACAAAGCAGAGAAAAGGAACGCACGCAUAAGGGCCUAUCGCAAGAUUCAAGAACUUCAGCAUCUUCUAGAAAUUGCCUACGGCAACUACAGACAACUGGGAGGAAUAACGGAGGAGGAGAAGAAGAUGAAAAAAGAACAAAGGGGUGUUGAGAAGAUGGUGGAGGAAUAGCAAGACAGAAGAUACUUCACCUGACCAAAAGACAGGAGUGAUACUGUCACAAACCAACCAUUCUGACAGCAGUUAAGUUUUUAACUACUGAAAGCUUGUGCAGCGUGGAACACAGAAGACUACAUACACUUGCCUGCAAAUCUGGAGCGUCAGCCCCACCCCUUCAGUUGAAGAUCCAAAACUUUUGACACAGCACUCCUUAAGCUUCACAGGAAAUAAAAUUACAAAUUAUAUAUUUGUUAAAUUGUAGGUCAUGCUUACAGCAACCUACCUUUUAAGGUGAAAACGAAAUCCUGUAGACAGUGAAUACAAACAGGUGUCUCUGCCAGAUGCUUACAAAUCUUUUUGUAUGAGUAGGGAGAGAUGCACAUACUUCACUUCAGAACUAUCUAUUUGGAUUUAAAUGGUGCAGCAGUGACUUUGCUUCUGUAUUCUUAAAUAGCCACCUCUGAGAGGGUGGUGUUUUGGAAAAGCAAAAGGGGGAUCCAUGCCAGCUCCCAAUCUCAUCCAAAACACCUGAAGCAGUAAGGGAUGGAGACUGACAGCCACUUCUGGCGUUUGUAACCUCCGGACUGCCUGGCUGAUAAAAGAGAACACAGGCUCCCAGCAGACUGAUUAGCACCUUUUUUCCCCCACUCAUGGUGUAAAAUAAAUACCAAGUAAUGCAAGCAUUUAAAUUUUUAUGAUAAAAUAAAGCAAUCCAGUCGGAACUGUGAAGAGCCCUCUUUUCCUCUGUAAGCUUAGGUGCAGGACUUUACCAGCCUCUAGACCUCUGCAAUUACAACAAAUAAAUGUACGUUUAUUUUCAGAAGCAUUUUCUGCCUGCAUUUCAUUGUAUUGCAUACUCACACCGAGUAGCUAACACAAAACACUGAUUUUUAAUAAACAUAAAAUUCUUAAUUA